AUGGAUCUUAACAUCACAUACUCAUCGCCCCCACCAAAUUUCACCGGAGAUCCAAGUUUGGAAGAAUGGAAACAGAAACCACACGUCCGGUACCUUCUGAUCAUUGGCUACGCCACGGUGAUCCUACUGAACGUCAUCGGGAACCCGCUGGUGUGUCUGGUGGUGGCCAUGAACAAGAACAUGCGGAACGUCACCAACCUCUUCAUCGCCAACGUGGCCGUGAGCGACUUCCUGGUCGGAGCAAUCUGUAUGCCAUUGACCCUGGUGAACAACUUGAAAGCAGGCUGGGUGUUUGGAAGAGUGAUGUGCACUGUUCUCCCAAUGAUCAUGGGGAUGACAGUUACUGCCUCUGUGCUCACUCUGGUCGCCAUCGCUGUGGACAGGUACCUGGCUGUGAUGAGACCGACCGAUGACAAGAUCAGUAAUAAGGUGACGUGUGUCGUGAUAGCAGGUAUCUGGACAGCCGCUACCGCCAUCAUGAUCCCGGCUGGUGUCAUGUCAGAGUACAAGGAUGAGGACGGACAUCCCACCUGCCACGAGAACUGGUACUUCGUCGAUAGCAAGCAGGCCUACUCCAUCUCCCUCUUUGUCUUCUGUUACCUCAUUCCGCUCUCCGCCAUUUCUGGCCUGUAUCUCCGCGCAGGAGUCCGCCUGUAUAACAGAACGGUCCGCCGCCAACCGUCUCCCAACGACGCUCGCAACGACCGCGGCAGCAACGUGCAGAAACUCGGCAACAAAGUCCGCGUGUUCAAGAUGAUGGUUGCCGUCGUUGUGCUGUUCGCCUGCCUACACUUACCCAUGUGGAUAGCCAACCUGAUAAACGACAUCGCGCCACCGGAAAAACAGGGAAGGGAGGUGCUGUACAAAUACAUCUACCCGAUUGCGCACUGGUUAGCGUAUGCCAAUAGCUGUAUGAACCCUUUCGUGUACGCUGUACUGAACAGAAACUUUCGCCAAGGGUUUCGGCGAGCGUUCAUGCCACGGAGAGCACCUCGUGAGCUCGAAGCGCCGAAGGUUACCUAUAAAAGAGCGGCCGUGGCUGACCAGCAGGACCGAGUGGAGGUCCAGUGCCGGUUGGGACAGGAGUCGCCUAUGGACAGUAGGCUGCUGCGCCCCUUGCCGUCACCGGUAACGCUCGAGGCCGUGAACCAUGAUUCACGACCGGUAACCCCACCGGCAACGCUGGAGGUGGCCAACCAUGACUGUUCACCAGGCGACCCGAACUUUCUACAGGAUGACAAUCAUUAG